CAUGCGGAAUUGGCGAACUGUGUGGAAGGAGGGAGGAUCUGUAGAGUUCAGCAGCGGCGAGCUGAGGUUCAUUCUUCCUUCUCUUGUCACCCUUUCCAACUUCUCAUCCUGAAGCUUGGCUAGCUCCACCAGCUUUCAGAUACAAAACAGAGAAUUGCUUUGCACCGAGCCAGAACAGGUACAUUGAAAGAAUUAUCAGAAAAGAAUAAUACAUAGGAAUGAUUGUCAACAGCCUCUCUCUGUGCUACCACAACAAACUCAUCUUAGCCCCUAUGGUUCGGGUGGGGACUCUCCCAAUGCGGCUUCUGGCCCUGGACUAUGGAGCAGACAUUGUGUACUGUGAGGAGCUGAUUGACCUCAAGAUGCUUCAGUGCAAGAGAGUUGUCAAUGAGGCGCUCAGCACAGUGGACUUUGUUGCUCCUGAUGACCGAGUGGUCUUCCGCACCUGUGAAAGGGAGCAAAACAAGGUCGUCUUCCAGAUGGGGACUUCAGAUGCAGAGCGAGCCCUUGCUGUGGCCAGGCUUGUAGAAAAUGAUGUGGCUGGCAUUGACGUCAACAUGGGCUGUCCUAAAGAGUAUUCCACCAAGGGAGGAAUGGGAGCUGCCCUGCUGUCAGAUCCUGACAAAAUCGAGAAGAUCCUCAGCACUCUUGUGAAAGGGACGCACAGACCUGUGACCUGCAAGAUUCGCAUCCUGCCAUCGCUGGAAGACACCCUGAGCCUUGUGAAGCGGAUAGAGAGGACUGGCAUCGCCGCCAUCGCGGUUCACGGGAGGAAGCGAGAGGAGCGGCCCCAGCACCCUGUCAGCUGCGAAGCCAUCAAAGCCAUCGCUGAAACCCUCUCCAUUCCCGUCAUAGCCAAUGGCGGAUCUCACGACCACAUCCAAGGGUAUUUGGAUAUAGAAGACUUCCGACGAGCCACGGCAGCCUCUUCAGUGAUGGUGGCCCGGGCGGCCAUGUGGAACCCGUCUAUCUUCCUCAAGGAGGGUCCACGGCCCUUGGAAGAGGUCAUGCAAAAGUACAUCAGAUAUGCUGUGCAGUAUGACAACCACUACACCAACACCAAGUACUGCUUGUGCCAGAUGCUGCGAGAACAGCUGGAAUCACCCCAGGGAAGGUUACUCCACGCUGCCCAGUCUUCCCAGGAAAUUUGUGAGGCCUUUGGCCUUGGUGCCUUCUAUGAGGAGACCACACGAGAGCUGGAUGCCCGACGGGCCAAACUUCUGGCCAGGAGCCCAGAGGAAGCAGAGGGACCAGUUGAAGACACUUCUGGUAUCAUUAAGAUGGCCAUCAAGUUUGACCGGCGAGCAUAUUCACCCCAGAUCACCCCCAAGAUGUGCCUGCUGGAGUGGUGCCGGAGGGAGAAGCUGGCACAGCCUGUGUAUGAAACGGUCCAGCGCCCUCUGGAUCGCCUCUUCUGUUCUGUUGUCACUGUUGCUGAACAAAAGUACCAGUCUACCUUGUGGGACAAGUCCAAGAAACUGGCGGAACAGGCUGCAGCCAUCGUCUGUCUGCGGAGCCAGGGCCUCCCAGAGGGUCGGCUGGGUGAGGAGAGCCCCUCCUUGCACAAGCGCAAGCGGGAGGCCCUUGACCAAGACCCUGGGGAUCCCAGAACUCAGGAGCCAGCCAUGCCUGGGGAGCUGUGCAAGAAGCCUUUUGUAGCCUUGGCAAGUGGUCAAGAGAGCCCCCUGGAAGGCUGGUAACCACUGUCCCUCCCUGGUCAGCCUCUCCCUGGGCCUGGCCCUAGGAUGGCUGUGGGUGCAGAGCAUCAGCCAGAUGCCAUUGGACAAUUUUCUGCCCCUGCUGGACAGGAAUUGAGAGGUUCUGGCUUGGGCCAGCAGCCUGGAGCACGGGCCGAGGGGUGCCCAGAGUGUCCCAUCUCCCUCAGUGGGUCUAAGCAGCGGAGCUAAGUUCCCAGCGACCUCAGUAUUUCCUUUGAAAACAGGAGCUCUCAGGUGGCACCUCCCCAACCUGACAUUGGUGCAGUGCAAUAAAGACACCCACCACCCUUACCCCCAGCUGGCUGCUUCAGCCUGGCUCUUUACCCAUGGAUGGA